UCAAAAUUGUUAUAGGAGGCGCGCCAUCGGUGUUACUUUCCCCUUCCUCGUUGAUGGCGGCGGCCCCCUUCCCUCACUCGCGAUCUUCGUCGUAACAGAGCCGCGCUGCCACAGCUCCAACCGAAAUCGCCGACGCAGCAGCGGCGUUGGUUCGGACAUCGCCCUCUGACUUCUCCCACCCCUCACCUAUCGUCGCUAGACCCUGAUAUUUUGGCAGCGGUCGCCAGCUGCAUCAUUCGUCCAAUUUCUUGUCGCUGCCGCACCUCUUCUCGCCGCUCGUCAGGACCAAUGGGAACAGGGCGUGAGGAGGUUGGAGGCGCAACAGGUGCCCUCCAAGGGGAGGCUAUCACGUCAGUCAUCACGAUAGUUUGGAGAAUGUUGCCCAGUCCUAGUCUCGAAGCCAAAGAUGCAGAAGAGCUGCGAGGUGUUGACGAGGUACGCCUUAGUUGCGUUGGUCUUGAGAGCUAUGAAGAGAGGUGCCACAGAGGUGAGAAAUUGGACGAAGUGUCACGAACGGUCGUCACGUACCCGAGCAUCAUUUUGCACUGUUACAACGAGAAUGAAAUGUUUCAGGUCGAUAUCGAGAAAAUGCGUAGCGAAUUGAGGGCACAGUUGGAGGCAACAAAAUACGAUAUUAUAAACAUCAUGUACCAAACGGUUGUAACGCAUAGCUGAAGUUUGUCAACUUUCUUAUAGAUGGUGACUCAAAUGAGGUUUAUGCUGAAGGGCCAGCUCGGCCAACUGGGGGUGAUGCUGCUAUUGCAAUGUUGAUUGGAUCAAAUUCUCCAAUUUCUUUAGAGAGUCUAUACGGGGGAACUCACAUGGCUCAUGUUUGUGACUUUUGCAAGCCAAACCUUGCAAGCGAAUACCCGGUGGUGUUGAUGGGAAAGUAUCACAAACAUGCUAUCUCAUGGGACUUUUGAUUUAUGCUACAAACGUUGCUGCAGCAAAUGAGUUCGAAUAUAUUAUAUUGUCUAUAUUCGGAGGAGGGUCUUCUUUUAGUCGGGAGCUUGAAAAGGCAUGCAUGUGUCCUUUUGCAUUUCUUUUAGUCCUCGCGGCCAUCGUCGUUAUUUCCUCUCAUGUAUGCUCAUUCCUACUCUCGUUAAACUGUUCGGACUUCUCACCAUCUUGGUAUGAUGCAAAAGUCCAACCAUCAUCUACUUCGUUGUUAAUAUGUACACAGCUUGUCUUUAUGCCACAUUUGCGUCUGUGAUUCAUAACAAACAUAGCACUCUAGGUGAUUUUGCUGUUUC